GAGUAGGAGAUGUGAAAAACCUUAAGUAAAUACGAUCUUAAUUACAUAACAGAUGAAUUCAAUCUCUAAUCUACAGUUAGGUCACAUAAUUCGCUCAACAGGGCUGUACGCUCCCGCUCUAGAGCGGCUAAACGCGAAUUUGACAAAAUUCAUACAAAAUUUGCGAACUUUUAAUCAUUGGAGCGCGAAUUUCGGGGGAAAAUUUGUGAAUCUAAUUAAGAGAAACAGAAGAGAGAAAGUUUCGAUGGCGAUGACAACCGGUUGAUGAAGGGAACGUGAUCUGCUACCAGAUGGAGGAAGCUGAAAAGAUGCAGUCUCUGCAUCUAGAAGAGAAUCAAUUAACUGGGAGAGAUUUUGAACUUUGGUAGGAUGAUUUCUCGUCGAACACAAGAAAUUGCAGUAUGGAUCAAGGAUUUCAAAUACUGCAUGUGGGAAAGCUCGUCUUCGUUUUGAAGAUUGGAAGGAGGUAGGGAGAAAUGGGGAUUUGUCGAUGAGAAGGAGUGGAUCGACAUGAUGUAAGGUCUGGUGAGUGAAGUUUUUAAUAAGAGUAGGAAGAGAUCGAGAGAGGAGGAAAUUGGACAUGAGGAAGAAGGGAGCAGAGUCGGCGGCUGAGAUUGCAGCAGCUCUUUAGGGUUUUUGAGUUUUGACAGCCAAGUUGGGCUCAAUAGGUACCAUUAGUUGGGCUAGUGCAAAUUGAUUUCUUCUUUGGCAAAUUUCAAUGAGCUGUGCUUACUGCUUAGCUAGCCAUUAAUUUGGUUUCCACUUUUAUUUAUAGGUAAUUAAAGACAUUAACAAUUAAACUGAUAUGUUUUUUAUUUGACGUAGGAUUUUGAAUUGGUCCCAUUUUUUCUAUGGUGUGGGAUAUUUUGUCAAAAUAUGAUAUUGUUUAAAUAAUAUUUUAUUUAAAUAAUAUAAUAUUAACGCUCUAUUGGCGCUCUAAACUUACAAUUCUUCAUGAAUAGAUGCUCUCACGCUCUCGUUUUCGCUUUCGCUAGCGCUCCACGAAUCGGUAAGCUAAAUAUACAGCAUAUCAAAUUUUUCUUUUUGAUUUUUGUGACUUGACGUGAAAAACCUUGUAUAUUUCUUGUAUCUAACUAUUAGAAAGUAGAAACCUCAGCCAAAAAAAAAAAUACUUAAGUGUCAGUUGCCACUCUGACUCUGCCAUCCGAUCGAAAGGGUAAUCUGACUUUUUUUUUUUUUACCAAUAGAUCACUUGUAUUACCAAGGCAAACAGCUAGAAAAGUUUACAUCUCAAAAGCAAACCAACAAUAAAAAUCAAAAGUAUCUACAACUGCAGGCAACAAAGAAAGGGUCUUCCUAGCCACCUCAUGGGCCACCCGAUUGUUACUCCUGCCAACAAAUGCCACCUCAAAGCGCUGGUAGAGAUGUCGCAUCUUCCGAAUUUCUUCCAGAAUCCGCCCACCUUUCACAUCCCGAGCAUCACUGGUCUGAAUUUUGUCAAUGACCACCUUCGCAUCCCCGCAGAAUUGCACUUCAACUAAACCCUUCAAAGAGCACCACUGAAUUGCAUCACGGAACGCCACCAACUCUACCAGAAAGGGAUCCUCCAAACCUGCAUACCGAAAACCUUGAACAAAACACACCCUACCCAACCUAUCAUACACCACCAAUCCCCAGCUCCAUGAGACCCAUCAAGAACAGCACCAUCCACAUAACAACAAUACGACAUGGCAGGCUGCAAGCCCCAAACCACACCAGCCUCUCCGCGCCCUUGCUGCUCCUGAACCUGCCUAUAAUUACCAGACUCAAUCAACGCCAACCACUCACGAACCUGCUCCUCAAAUUGUCUCAUCAAUGUACUCAUUCCAUACUGGACCUGAUCAAUCACCACCCAAUUCCUACUUUUCCAAAUCCUCCACAGCAAUGCCACAAACCGAAUUAUCCUCUCUACAAUGGUCUCUUGUUCAAAGAAUCUGCGAAUGAACAAGGCAAAAUUCACUGGAGGCUGCCUCACCAGACCUGUCCCCAAACCCGACCUCUAAUCUGACUUUCUUUUUUUUUUUUUUUUUUUUUUACGGAAACCUCUAAUCUGACUUUCGAAUAGUGUUUAUUUGAAAAUUGAGAAUAGUUAGCAAUAAUUAGCAUUAAAAAAAAAAACAAUUUCUUUCUUUUUUUAAUUUAUUUCCUUGUAGUUGUUCGAUAAAAAAAUUGCUUUGUGUGCCCAGUUUGUUGCCGUCAAAGAAAGCAAAAGGCAAGAACACAAACAAGUUCCACUCUUUUCUUUUGCAGGCUGACCGCCGACCUUCCCCUGUAUUUUGUUCAAUUGUUUCGUUGAUCCAUUUGCAGCUCACCGACGAAGGAAAAAAAGAUUCAACCCAUUUCCUGUUUCAGAUUCUUUCAGUCUCCCUAGUCAAUUUUACUUGGUACCAUUGUCAACAAAAAAAAAAAAAAAUCAUUCUGGUGGUAUAAUCGUGAUCCACAGAUGGUGCUACCUGGGCGUGGCCAUAGGUUUUUCAAGUAUAGACUAGAACCUCUGUUUCCACCACAAUUCCCACUUGUAAUCAGCACCAUCUUUUAAAAUUCUGGGAACCCAAUUCAAGUUCCUCACAAAUCACAAUCAUUCCUGGGUUCAGCUCAAUCUCUCUUUCUCUGUCCGCGCCAGGCAAUUGAAUCUUCUGAACCAUCUUCCUAAAUUCUCAGCCUUUUUUCCCCUUUCGAUAAAACCCUAUUUUCUUCUGCUGUAUUGGGGACGAAAAAAGACAGAGAAAUGGUCGCCCAGAGCUACGACGACUGUGUACGCGGGGAAGUGAGAAUGGCGUGGAUCAUGCUGAGUGUGGACUACUCCAGGCUAUUUUGGUUAUUAUUUGGCGUGUUUUCUUAUGAGAAUCAUGAAGGAAAGCCCCGGAUUAUCUUCCUCUAGUACAAGAUUCAGUUCUCCUUUCUCCUCCUCAUACUUCCAAAAUCCAACUGUUCGUUUAGGAUCCCAAACUUGUCUCUAAUAAUCAGAGUCAACUUCAAGAAGUUUUUUUUAUUUUUUAUAAAGAAACCCCUCUUCUUAGAUCCUUCCCUUCCUUCUGGGCUCCUUAAUCUCAAUUCUCAGUUUAGCAAAAUGUACAAUCCACGAUUAGCCGGAUAUGUUGAUCGGGCGGCGAAGCCGCCACCGCCUGGAUACGUCGAGACCGACCCUUCUGGUCGCUAUGGCCGUUUUAAAGAGGUUCUUGGAAAAGGGGCGAUGAAGACAGUGUACAAGGCAUUCGAUGAGGUCCUUGGCAUGGAAGUAGCUUGGAAUCAAGUGAAGCUGGAUAAUGUCUUCCACUCCCCUGAUGAGCUGCAACGGCUCUACUCUGAAGUUCAUCUUCUGAAGAACCUGAAUCAUGACUCCAUCAUCAAGUUCCAUGCUUCAUGGAUUGGCAACAACAAAAGAACGUUCAACUUCAUUACGGAGAUGUUCACCUCAGGCAGCUUAAGAGAGUAUAGGAAGAAGUACCAGCGAGUGGACAUUCGGGCAGUGAAGAACUGGGCGCGCCAAAUCCUCUGUGGCCUUGCAUAUCUACAUGGCCAUGAUCCCCCUGUGAUCCAUAGGGAUAUCAAGGGUGACAACAUCUUCAUCAAUGGCCACCUGGGGCAAGUCAAGAUUGGUGAUUUGGGAUUAGCUGCUGUUCUUCGUGGCUCACUACAUGCCCACAGUGUCAUAGGGACACCAGAGUUCAUGGCACCUGAACUAUAUGAAGAGGAGUACAAUGAAUUGGUGGACAUCUAUUCUUUUGGGAUGUGUGUUCUGGAGAUGCUGACUUCAGAGUACCCAUAUUGCGAGUGCUCCAAUCCUGCCCAAAUCUACAAGAAAGUUACCUCGGGAAAGUUGCCAGAGGCGUUUCACAGGAUCAAGGAUGCUGAAGCCCAGAAAUUUGUAGGGAAAUGUUUAGAACCUGCUUCAAAGAGGUUAUCAGCCAAGGAGUUAUUGUUGGAUCCAUUUCUAGAGUUCGACGAACCAAAAUCGCUACUGAUAUCAAAGUUCUCAUUUCACAACUCAACUGCCAAUGGUGAUGAAACGAAAAAGGAAAUGAUGAUGUCAUGCUCGGAUGAUCCCUCCAAGACAACAGACAUGACAAUCACAGGAACACUGAAACCCGAGGAUGACACAGUUUUCCUCACCGUCCAAAUUUCAGACAACAAUGGUCACACCAGGAACAUAUACUUCCCCUACCACGUAAAUGGCGACACUGCAAUAGAUGUCGCUAUGGAGAUGGUGAAAGAGCUGGAGAUAAGCGACUUGGAACCGACUACUAUUGCUGAGAUGAUUGAGGAGGAGAUAUCAUCUUUAAUCCCAAACUGGAAACAGCCGGAAACCUUCAUCAUGUUCCACCACCAACAACAGCAUAGCUUUAGCUACGAUGAAGUAGAAGAAGAUAACAUGGGACGCAACAAUGGUGAUAUGAUCCAUCACCCAUUCUACUCCAACUCCUCGAACUCUUCCUCCAGGGGUUCUGUCCUUGCCUAUCAUAGCUCUUCCUCAGAGAGUCCACAUUACGAAGGCAAUGUGUCAUCGUCAACCAUAACCUUAGGGAAGCUGCUGAUGGACACUGAUGAUGAUGAUGAUGAGAGUUCGGGGAGCUCUUACAACUAUUCGACAUUCAAUUACUGCUCCGGGAAUGAGGAUGCUGUGGUGGAAGAUAAGAUGGGCGGAGAGACAAAGGAGAGGGUGGAGAAGUGGAAGAGUGGCGGUGGUCGGAGAGGCUGCAGUAUUAUGGGGCAGAGGAAGGUGAGCAGGAUAAGGUCGCUGUUGGAUAAAAGGAGCCAGUUGUUGCAUCGCUCGUUGGUGCCAGAGGCCAACAACAACAGCAAGAGGCGAUUGUUCAAGACUGUGGGAGCUGUUGAGAACAUCGGUUAUCACCUCCCUUGAGAGAACCCUUUCUGGCUGAUAAUCAUGAGAACUCUAGAGAGGCUUUUUCAUCGACACCUCGACGUUUCUUUGAGUUCCCCAGGGUGUUGGUGCGUAAUUGGCACCAGAGGCCGCGCAACCAAAGUUUAUGGAAGAACAUUGGUGUUUUUAUUGCUAAAAGACAGCGACUCUUCGUGGGGUGUGUGCUAAAUAAAGCUUGCAGAGAACUGACAAUUAAAUUUGGUUCAUGAUGAUUUGCUGUUAUUUGAAUUAUUAUAAACUCUUUUUUUGGGUGAAAUGUAAGCUCCGUUUUUUAAGUUGUUGUACAGAGUAAUGGGCUUAAAUGAUUGAGAACAGGAUUUGUGAAGUACACAUUUUUUUUAGAUUAAACAUUAGUAUGAGAU